GCAAAAGGGUGGGUAGGUUUCCUUCGCUUUCUAACACAAUAAAUUAUCUUGAAAAAGGACAACUAAUGUUCUCUUUCUAGCGAAGAACAGGGAAAUAAAGACUGGUAGAGAAGAUUCACGAAUGGUAGCUUUGUACUAAAAACUAUUAACACAGAGAAAGAAAAACAAAAUUAACCCGAAAAGAAAGCACUGAAAAACAGUAGUUGCCGGACGUUUCUUCUCUCUUUUUCACUUGUGUUUUUUAGUGUUGGGGUCACUAAUGCUAGCUUUGUUUUCCUUUUCUGACAAGAAAGAUGAUUUCAGAUGAGCAGAGGUAGGAAAAGGUGGUUUUUCUGACCUUCAAAAGGAGAAAAACAAUUAGGUUUUUAAGGAAAAACGCUUAAAUUGGUCUGAUAUCCAUUUGGGUUUUUAUUUUUUUGCUUGGAGGGGAAAAUGGUUGGCUACAUGAAGAAGGAGAUGAUUGAAGAUUUAACGAUUGUAGGAGGCUUGAUAGGGGUGCAAUUUAUGUAUGCUGGGAACGCUGUUUUCUUGAGUUAUCUAAUGUCUCUUGGCUUUACCCCUUCUACCAUUGUCAUCUUCUCUACUUUUGCUACCUUCCUCAUCACCUCUCCUUUCGCUGUUUAUUUUGAAAGGAAGAAAUGGCCCAAGGAACUCAGUUUCAGGUUGAUGAUCCAGCUUGUUUUGAUCUCUUUUGCAGGGGUAACUUUAUUCCAAACGUUAUUCCUGAAGGGGAUUAAGCUAACCUCACCAGCACUGGCAACAGCCAUGCCAAACCUUGCUCCAGGACUUAUUUUCCUUAUUGCUUGGAUAGCAAGGCUAGAGAAAGUUAGGCUAAGCUGCGUAUACAGCAAAGUGAAGAUUGUAGGCACAUUGCUGUGUGUAGCGGGAGCCCUCCUAAUGAGUCUAAUGCACAGCUCUAAAACAGCAAAAGAUGCCGGCUUGUUAGUUCCCUCGGUGGAUGUGGUUUUUGAUAAGCAAAAGAUGAUUGGUUGCUUAUAUCUCAUGGCUGCUGUUUUUGUUCUAUCAAGCAAUGUUGUAUUGCAGGCUUCUACUUUGGGUGAUUUUCCUGCACCGAUGUCACUGUGUGCCAUAACAUCCUUGAUUGGUGUGGUUAUAACUGCAAUUGUUCAAUGGUUUCAAGAUCACAAUUUUGGAAUUACUUGGCCUCUCAUGGAACUUAGGGACCUCAUUGGCUAUUCCUUACUGGCAGGUGGUGUGGGUGGAGCUUGUGUAAGCUUCAAUGGAUGGGCAAUGAAGAAAAGGGGUCCAGUUCUAGUGUCCAUGUUUAGCCCCAUUGGAACAGUCAUCUCAGUUGUUCUGAGUAUUAUUACCUUGGGUGAAAGCAUUAGAAUAGGAAGCCUUGCUGGAAUGCUGCUCAUGUUUACUGGUCUAUACUUCGUGCUAUGGGCGAAAGGAAAAGAAGGAUACCUCGAUGAGUUCGACUCGACGAAGCCUCUGUUAAGUUAAUAGUGUAAUUAUUCGGAUAGGUUUCUACUUUGUUUCAUCAAUAGGCCUGUAGCUAGAAGGUAGAAAAGAAGUGAAUGGACACGGGAAAAAUAGUUAAGAAUUAUGGAGUUUAAUAGACAAAUUCUAUGGUUUUGUUGUGAAUAUGGAGUAACACUUGACAUGAAUCACAAAAAGGAGCACAGAGAAAUAAAUGUAUAUAUUAAUUAUAA